UGCCACAAGCCCGCAGUUUACUUUUAAUGAGGAUGAGGGCCUCUGAGCAUGUGCGAGUAUGCGAGAGUACCUUUUUCUCUGCUCCCUGCCUCUCAGCCCGCCUAUGGCUCUUGGCCGCCAGCCAGGGUUAAUUACUUGUCAGCCGUGAGCUCCGGGACUUCUGCUUCCGCCUGCUUAAGGGCUCCUGAAACGCUGAGAGAGAGAUCGACAACGAAGGGAUGACUUGGGCGGGGAAUGCGCGUUCCCUUCUUUGGCAGCGACGCGGGUGUGAAUCUAGGAGCGGCGUUGUCGCCACAGCCUGCAGGGACUCUCCCUGGGCAAGUCGCAGAGGCGGCCACCUUUCUCUCCUUGCGCGCCGGGCCCGCUAUGGCCCAGGCCAAGAUUAGCAGCAGCGUGAAGAGUGGCGGCGGCGGCGGCGAAGCAGCCCAGCAACCGGGCGGUGGGCAGGUCCGAGGCCGCUUUUUCCGCUCCACUUCCAUGGCGGACCGCUCCAGCCGCCUGGUGGAGAGCCUUGACCAGCUGGAACGGAGGGUUGAAGCCUUGCGGGAUGCAGCAUCAUCAAUGGAACAAGAAAAAGAAUCUCUUCUGGAAAUGAUCCAUAAUAUACAGAACAGCCAAGAUAUGAGGAAUAUCAGUGAAGGUGAAAGAGAAGAGCUCAAUCUGACUGCCAAACGUCUGAUGGGUAGAACCCUCACAGUUGAGGUUUCCGUAGAAACCAUCCGAAAUCCCCAGCAGCAGGAGUCACUGUUUCAUGCUACACGGAUGAUUGACGAAAUAGUCAGUAAACUCUUAGAUGACUUAGAAGACUCCAAGAGCCGCUUAGUGUCACUUUAUGGGGCAUGUACAUCUGAGGUACCAUCUGGACCCAUCGAUCAGAAAUUCCAGUCAGUUGUUAUUGGAUGUGCUAUAGAAGAUCAGAAGAAAAUCAAGAGACGGCUAGAGAUUCUACUAAGGAAUAUAGAAAACUCUGAAAAAUCCAUCAUGCUCCUAGAGCAUCAGAAGGCAACUACCAGGCACCUCUGCAACAAUGGAAAAGAUUAAAAGCUAUCCCUGUUUCCACAAA